GGCCAGCGACCAUGAGGCCCCGGCUCCCUGAAAACCACAGAUUGAGAAGAGGAAACUGUCAAGCACCUGUUGUGUCAAGAGUGGAGUUAUUAGAGAUUAGGGCUGACUGCGUUGCUUCCUGCCCUAAAGAAGUGCGAGACAAACGGUGUGGCAGUGCAGGAUAGGCUUGUUGGGAAUCUGCUGGGAAUCAGACUUUCUAGGGUGAAGGAGGAAAGAAAAAGGUAGAGGUGGGUUUACACGGAGCUUCCAUAAGGUGCAAAGUGUGUUGUAAGAACAUUUUAUGUCAAGACUCACUUGGGGAAGGAUGCUCAGCUUCACUUAUGAGGGGCUGAGUCACAUCAGCAAGAAAAAGCAGACACAGGAACUAGGUCUGUGCAGAAACCAGGACUCUUCCUGCUCCUGAAAAGACUUGAGAAGGAAGAUGCUGGCUGGUCCACACUGAAUGAUGAAAAAGAGGCUCUAGAAGAAAGCCAACAGAGUAGGAGGAUAAGGAACAAGCUGAGGUGUUUGUGUCAGAAGUUGAGGCUAUGGCUUUCGCCCUGAGGAUCAGAGAAACAAGCCCCAUAUUCAGACCUCUUGGCUGAAUAAAGUUAGAUCUAUAAACACGUGCGAACUUUGCUUAGCUGCCUUGGCAGAAAAUACAGCGAGGUGGGGGAGGAGCCAACCUUGGCCCCACCCCCAACCAUUGUGUCGGGGAAGAUAGUGAAAGUGAGGCCAGAUUCUAGCCAAUCAGGAUGAAGUAUGUAAAUGACAACCCGGGACGAGCGGUAGCGGGAUUCCAGCGUUCUGUGCGGUAGUCCUUUAAAAGGAGCUGACUGUGAGAACCUCCAGGAGCACAGUGGAGACUCUGAGGAGUCUGCAUCUGUGCUGUGGAACCUGAGAGCGGAAGCAGAAAACAAAUUGAAUUACCUACACCAUGGCAAGGUGCCGCCACCACUCGGGAUACCUGGCUGACGAUGAGGCUGGUCACAGCACCUAUGUGGCUCGGAUGCAGCUGCCCAAGAAGCAUCAUCUGUUGCCGGAAAUGGGGCCAACCUACAACCUUGGCCGUGUGCCACACCCACCAUCCAUGAACCGGUCCUCAGAGCACCAGGGCCACCAGCAAAACCCUAGGCCCCCUCAGUCGUUUGGCAGCUUCCUGGAUUUCCUCACGGAGGGUCAGAUCCUGGACAGCUUGCAGACAGUUGUGGAGCAGGCAACAGAGCGUGUGGCUGCUAUGAAGACGGAGGCUGGAGUGCCACUGGUAGACCUCCGAGAACCAGUGGAGGUGCGAAGCAGUAGGCAUCGGGCUCGAGCCAGACCCAGAAUCAGCGCUGUGCAUCGGCACCGUGCUCAGCCCACCCUGUGUGCUGGGCAGCCUAACAAUUACCCAUCGUGCUCCAGCUCCAUGUCUGACUUUCAUAACAGUGUCAAAGCUAGCCGGCUGGGCUCCCACAGCCAGGACAGUGACCCAGCUGCCCGAGGCCUGGGCUCACUGCCACCUAUGAGGGACAAACUCCUACUUGAGAAAAACCUCAAGAGACUACUGCGACUGGAGAACAAAGGGAAAGGCCUGAAUCAGUCCACCCUGAGGGACUCUCUGCUCUAUGACUCACUGGGCAGCCAGACCAGCAAUCAGUGGACCCGGGAGCAACUGCUGUCUUGGUUCUCUGGGCCUUCGGGCUCCGGCUCAGAUACCGCUGAAACUUCGGAGUUGGGACUUGGAGAACAGGAGCUGACUUUUUUCAAACAAGAGUUAAACAAACAGAUGAAGUCACUGCUGAGCCAGCAAAAAUCCUUCAACCUGCCUACAUAUUGUCCAAUCAGGGAACCUCAUCGAACUCUGGAUUUCCUGGCUGAGCAUCGCCUCUUUCCUGUCCUGCAGCAUGUGGUCAACCAGGCUGUAGAGAAGCUCAGCCAUGCCUGCCGCCACAAUGGUUCCCCCCUCUUCUCUGUUGCCUCAGAGACCACCCCAGUGCUGCCUGUGAACUCUAACCUUCUGCAGCCCAUCUCUAAGAUGUCCAACAGGGAGGAUAGGGAAGAGCCUUAUGAUUCUCCCAUCACAGCCUCCAGCCCUAAGACAUCUCGCAGAAAGAGCAAGGGCAGACGGGGCUUCCCCUUCAUAUCAAAUGCCCAGAUGCCUUCCAGAUUCAGGCUUAAGAGCCCCAACACCAAGUUUCCAAAGAAGAAACCCCUGCCUUCCAUCUCGUCUGUGUCCAGCGUGUCCUACGUCUCUAACCCUUGGUUUGAGGAACUCAGUAACUUCUUGGUUGAACAGGCAGUCUCCUUGCUUAUCUGCAAGUAUAAGUUUGAGGAAAGCCUCAAUAAGCAACUUGGCUUCAUGUCUUUUCCUAUCACUGAGGUUCUCAUGGACAUCUUUUUGGGCUUCAAGAAGGUGAAGGGUACCCGCAUCCGCAUGUCCUCGGACAUCAACUGGACCUGUCUUCUGCACAAGUUGGAAGAAGCUGAGUUGGCGCAGCAGGCCGUAAGGCGUGCCUCCAGGUCGGGAGCCUCCCAUCAUAGUGCUUCCCGAAUUGCCGCCUCCCACCAUAGCACAGAACCACCCUCUGCCCAACCAGAGCUUAUUGGUGGCACCAGUCAGAAACAGGCAACACAGUCCCAUUUCUUCCUCCGCCCUGAUUUGCCAAUCCACCAGCUGCUCAGCCCUCGGGGCCCUCAUAUAAGCCUGGGACAGAUGCCUAAUAGGAGCCUGUUGGAGGCCAAGCAUAGUAUGUUCUCCAAUGCUGGUGUGGGCUCUAGGUCCUACAAGUCCAGGGACAUGGUAAAUAUUGAAGAGAGAGAAGACUCUGAAGAGGAGGACGAAGAGGAGGACGAGGAGGAAGAAGAGGAGGAAGAGGAGGAGGUCGAGGAUGAGGACGAGGAGGAAGUGGUGGAGGAGGAGGAGGAUGGAGAAAGUGAGGAGGAUGAAAUCAGUGAUUCCAUUGAGGGUGAGCACACAUCUCCUACCCAGCCUGAGCCUGAGUUGGAGGACAUUAUGAAUGAGUCCACUGUAAUGAGCCCCAAUGAGUCCCCAUGAGACACCCAUCAGCCACACAGAGUACUCCAGUCUUUGUCUCCUUCCCUAUCCAAGUAGCUGGCCACUCAGCCAGCCCCUGUCCUGAGUUGGGGUCAGGAUGACUGGGUGCUCAGGAGAGAGCCAAAGCGACAAAUGGAAAUAAAUUACAUGUUUGUGGACACAGCU